AUGGCAAUUCGAUUGGUUUCAAAUCUGCAAAACGUAUGGCCAUUUUCAUUAUUAAAAUCUGAUCAGUUGAGAGCUUCUGAUAAGUUAGUUCGCAGGCUUUGCAUAACGGAACACACGAAAACGUUUGUUUUCACGAUUAGAGAACCUGAAUCAAAAUCUGUGAUGCAUAUAUUUUGUGCCCACAAUUUAUCGGAGAAAUCGGCUUCAGAUGUCGAGUGUCUUAUCAGGGAAGUGCGACCUGAUGAUGUUGUAGCUCAAGUGGGUGUUCAGAAUAAAGUUCAGUGUGAGGAGAUUGAAUUAGGAGAUAAAGGUGAUGACUCGAUUCCUACUUCUUUGUUUGGAGUGAUUAAACGAUGUUUUGUUGAUAGUAUUGGUAGGACAGUGUAUGAGAAUGCGGCUGGGAACUUGGUUUUGAGGGAGAUUUUUGGGAUUGGUUUUAUUGGGGAUAAAGGUCAAUGUUUGGUUCCACAGAAAGUGGGCUUAGUUGUCUCAUCGAUUUCAAGAAGGUUUUAUCUCACUAAUGAUGUUGAGUCACAGAUGGUGAGAUUGUUAUCUUCAGAUAUGGAUUUGUUUGGGUUGAGAUUGAGGCCUCCAAAUUAUAAUUUGGAUUCGUCAAAGGAAUUUCAGUUGAGAUGCGGUCAUUUGAUUCUGUCAUUUGCACAGUCCAUUUAUCCAUUACUCUUGGAUUUGCAUAACGUAUUUGCUGAUCAUACAUCAAUGUCAAGAGCUCUUGCCCUUGCACAAAAGAUGCUUUUUGAUGUGAACAUAGCGGAAGUUGUGGAUACUGAAGUUAUUUAUUAA